AUGAAACAUGGUUUCGGUUAUGUUUCGGGUUUUGCUGCAGCCCAAGUACGAAGAAUGGUGCAGAGCCCAGCAGCAGCAGCAGCAGCAGCAGCAGCAGUAGCAGCAGCAGCACUGUCUCCCUUGCUGCAGCGCAGCAAGCCAUGCAGCACCCCAACCAGGCCGUGCGAAAGCGAGCUCUGGAAGUCAUUGACAA